AUGGCGGCAUCCUCAGCCCACGUCCAUGCCCUUAGAUCAUCCCCAGCGAGGGACUUCACUAAAUCCCGCAAGGUCGCGAGGAUGUCCGCAUCGAAGUCCAUCUUCUUCGGUGCCCGCCGGCCGGAUCCUUCCCGGGCCGCCUUCCUGAGGAUGAGGAGCUCCAGUGGGAAGGGCAGAGCGGGGGCACUGCGUAUAGUGUGUGAGAAGGUUGUGGGGAUCGACCUGGGGACGACGAACUCGGCCGUGGCAGCCAUGGAGGGGGGGAAGCCAACGAUUGUCACGAACGCCGAGGGGCAGCGUACGACACCGUCCGUGGUGGCGUAUGCUAAGAACGGGGACCGCCUGGUGGGGCAGAUCGCUAAGAGGCAGGCAGUGGUGAACCCGGCAAACACCUUCUUCUCCGUGAAGAGGUUCAUUGGGAGGAAGAUGGCCGAGGUCGACGAGGAGUCGAAGCAGGUGUCCUACACAGUCGUCCGUGAUGAUAACGGGAACGUCAAGCUGGAUUGCCCCGCCAUCGGGAAGCAGUUCGCUGCAGAGGAGAUCUCAGCUCAGGUGGCUUAGAAUUCCUUUCAUUACCCUUUUAAUGCCCAGUGUUUUUUCAUAUUGUUUCUGUUCAGUAUGCUUAAAACGUCCGCUUGUGGUUUCUAACUUCCCCCAUCCUGUAUUCGUGUACUCUUUCCUCAGUCAGAAAGGAAUGCUGAAAUUUAUUUAACAUUUUGAGGGAACUUUUUAUAUUGGCAGUGAGUGACACAUAAGCUUUUGUAAUCUGCCAACACUGAUUGAUGUGCUCAAGUACUACUGCUUCCCCUGCGAUAGACAAUAUUCUUGGUGUAGUUCUUCCGUUUAUUAGACAUGGCAUAAGUCUUGACCACAAGUAAAAGGUUCAUUGGUGAUGAAAUAUAUUUUGACGUGGAUUCUAAAUGUUUUAGGAAAUUUGCGAUCAAUGAAUACGUGUGCUAUGUAUUUUGAUCCGAUAAAAAAACUAUUGAAAAUUGUUCCUCAAUUUUUUCUGAUAAAAGCUUAUGUUCGUAUAAUGUAUAUGCGUGUCUUUUCUAAACGAAAUUGUCUCAUAGAAAAAUAUUAAAGUGUUAGUUCUCAGUGCUUAAGGGCGAGAGCGGCAUGAUGAGGCUGUUGGGAAAUGUGAAAGAGGGGUUUAUAAUGUUAGAAGGAACAAUAUUUCGGGCGUAUUAAUGAAUAAAACAUGAUUCUAUUGUAGGAAUGAUCUUAGAACCAUACAACUGCGCUAGAUGAUUCAACACAUUCUAAGUUGGUCCAUGAAAUAAUUUUAUUUCUUUUUGGGUGAAAUACCGGUGAUCAUCCUUCAGUUUUAAGCGAUUAUGCGUAUAUAUGUUGGUAAUUCUGUAUUUCGUUUAUGAGCUAUGAACCCCGAUGUUUUAUUGUUUUCCCCCUAUGGAUUAACUUGAAGACGAUUUGGUAGAAAGGGCAUCUUGAAAAUUCAACAUUAUUUGAAAACUAAAAACCAAGCUAUGUUUUUAUGACUCUGUGCGACACAAUGCAAUUAGUGGCUAUCUCAUGUGAUUUGGAAGCGGCAAAAAUUGAAUUUAUUGAGUUGAUAUUAGUCUGUAAUUUGAAUGGUAAUUGUGGCUUCAGUUUUUCAGCCUUUAUUUGUUCAGAGUUAUCAAAGGUUCUUUCUGUGGAUAGGUUCUUAGGAAGCUUGUGGACGAUGCAUCCAAAUUCUUAAAUGAUAAGGUGACAAAGGCUGUUGUUACUGUACCUGCAUACUUUAAUGAUUCCCAAAGGACUGCAACAAAAGAUGCCGGACGGAUUGCUGGCUUAGAUGUUUUACGCAUCAUCAAUGAACCCACUGCGGCUUCAUUGGCUUAUGGAUUUGAAAAGAAGAACAAUGAAACCAUUCUCGUAUUUGACCUUGGGGGUGGUACGUUUGAUGUUUCAGGUAUAGACGUAUUUUCAACCUCAUCCAUCUUGUCAACACCUUUUUAUUCCAAAAUUACUGUAGCUGUACGUAGUGUAACAUACAGUUACCCAACAGGCUGGUAUUGUAUGCUUUAUGUUAUUUCUUUUCUAAUAUUUACAGUUUUAAUAGAUGGUUUUGGAUGAUCACGCCUGAUUAUUUCAGCUCUAUAAGUCGGUUCGGUUGUAUAAUUCUAAGACAAAGUGUUUGUGCAGUGCGAUUGCGUUAUUACAUAAUUACUUCCUUCGGCUACCUUGCUUAUGUUUCUCAGUAUUGCAGGGCAUUUUAAGAAUAGUUUCGGCCAGUUCUAUUUAUCUCCUAUUUUUUUGCAGUUCUUGAAGUUGGAGACGGUGUAUUUGAGGUGCUCUCAACUUCUGGUGAUACACAUUUGGGAGGUGAUGACUUUGAUAAGGUUAGUUAAUGAUAUCACUCAUUUUCUUGUUGCCAUGUAUUUUUGAUUUCGUGGUUGAUGCAAGUGGGCAUUUAAUGCUGGAUCCUUCUGGAUAUUUCGUGAGAGCUCUUGUCCUGGUUUAGUCCUGGCUUAUUCAUCGCAUUGGCUGGUUUAUAUAUCCCAUGGCAGAUGGGCAUCUGCCUAGUGGGGGCUUGGUGCUAAGAACCUGCAGGUUUUUAUCAUAAGAGAUAGUGGGCGCUUGGACUGUUUAUGCCUACCAUUGUUUGUGGUUUGUGUUCUACAUAUUCCUUAGUAGACGUAAGAGAUAGGUCUACUUGGCAUCACAGUUAGUGGUUUUCGUGCAUUGGGAUUCGCAUGAGUCACUCAUUUUUGCAAGAGCUUAGAGUGUUUUCAAAUGCUACUGCUUAUUGGUUUAAAGAUCCAACGGGAAGGUGUGAGGAGUUUCCUUAUCAUGUCCAGAUAUAUAGCGGAUUGGAGCUCUUUCCUCAGCCUCAGUUAAAAAUUUAAAACACAUUAUUAUCCUAUGAAACAGAGAAUUGUUGAUUGGCUGGCUGCAACCUUCAAAAGGGAUGAGGGAAUAGAUCUUUUGAAGGACAAGCAAGCAUUACAACGUCUGACUGAGACAGCGGAGAAAGCAAAAAUGGAGUUGUCAUCUUUGACACAGGCAAAUAUCAGGUUUGUUCAUUCUCUGAUAUGUUAUUGCAUAUACGCAACAACUGCAGUGAAGAUAUUGAGAUCGGAUCUAUGUUUUACUUUUUGGUAGCUUGCCAUUCAUCACUGCAGCAGCUGAAGGCCCCAAACAUAUUGAGACGACGCUUACGAGAGCCAAGUUUGAAGAGCUGUGUUCAGACCUUCUUGAUAGGUACUUGGGAAAACUCUUGAAUUCCAACCUUCCUCCCUACUCCCCCUCCCCCCUUGUCUAUGCUUUCUCGUCGUAAGGAUCUUCUAUUUACAAUGGUAAAGUCUGCUGAUGAAAUAAGCCUUGUAAAAUCCUUGAAUCUUUGUUCCUGCGUUUCAGACUGAAGAAGCCUGUAAAUAAUGCGCUGAAGGAUGCAAAGAUUUCAUUCAAUGAUCUAGACGAGGUUAUUCUUGUGGGUGGAUCAACCCGAAUUCCCGCUGUUCAGGACUUGGUGAAGAAGCUGACUGGGAAGGACCCAAAUGUUACUGUGAACCCUGACGAAGUUGUUGCCUUAGGUGCUGCUGUCCAGGUUCGAUCCUUUAUCGAACUCCCCCACCUCCCCAGUCAAAGGUUACAAUUGAAGGGAAAAAAAAACAGAAGGAAGAAAUCGUUAGGGUCAGAGAAACAACCGGCCGCUAAAUAUUUUCCGAAAAUAGGAGUCAAAUUAAAACAAAAGAGGAUAUAAAUUCUUUGACAUCCUUCAAAAUAUAACAAAUCCCGGUUUCAACGUUUUAUUGUAUCUUUCUAAUCCUCUUGGUUCUUUAAUAGAGAGGCUGGGCACCCACCCAAAUUCCUGAAUGGUUUCUUUCUUUUCCUUCCAAGGUCAGGCAGGAGUCUUGUCCGGUGAUGUGAGCGACAUAGUGCUCCUGGACGUGUCCCCAUUAUCACUGGGCCUGGAGACACUGGGCGGGGUGAUGACCAAGAUCAUUCCCAGGAACACGACGCUCCCCACCUCCAAGUCCGAGGUCUUCUCCACCGCCGCCGACGGACAGACCAGCGUCGAGAUAAAUGUGCUCCAGGGCGAGCGGGAGUUUGUCAGGGACAACAAGUCCCUCGGCAGCUUCCGCCUCGACGGGAUCGCCCCCGCCCCCCGAGGGGUCCCCCAGAUCGAAGUCAAGUUCGAUAUCGACGCCAACGGCAUCCUCUCCGUCGCCGCCAUUGACAAGGGAACCGGCAAGAAGCAGGACAUCACCAUCACCGGCGCCAGCACCUUGCCCUCCGAUGAGGCAAUCCCUCUCUAUUCCUCCUUCUUCAGUCGUCAUCAUCAUCAUCAUCAUCAUCGUUGUUGGUGGAUUGUGAUUCCAUCCUCCUGCAGGUGGAGAGAAUGGUGAGCGAGGCCGAGAGGUUUGCAGCAGAGGACAAGGAGAGGAGGGACGCUAUCGACACGAAGAACCAGGCCGACUCUGUGGUGUACCAGACGGAGAAGCAGCUCAAGGAGUUGGGCGACAAGGUCCCCUCCGAUGUCAGGGAGAAGGUGGAGGAGAAGCUCCAGCGGUUGAGAGAGGCCCUCUCCAGCGAUGGUGGGUCCACAUCCGACAUCAAAGACGCCAUGUCCUCGCUGAACCAGGAGGUGAUGCAGCUGGGGCAGUCCUUGUAUGGCCAGCCAGGCAGUGGUGCCGCCACCGCUGCCGGCCCCGAGCCGGCAGAUGGCGGCGCCGACACCAUCGACGCUGACUUCACCGAUAGUAAGUGA